AUUUUCGGAAAGAGCCCUAGGUGGUGUGAUUGUGCAGCAGGGUGGGGACGUUGUGGCAUGGGGAUGCUGAUCUGGCAGGUCCCAGCCUUGGCAUCUUCCCCUUGAAUGGCAAAGGUGAUGGUAGCACCACCACCCCUCUGGUCCAGUCCUGCCUCAGCUGUAAAAUGAGGGCAUGGGCUCAGAGUCCUUGACAUUUUCAUAAAGCUCUUGAAAGGGAAACAAACACUUGGAGUGUGGCUCCUCUGGAGGGAAUCACAAUGAGUGAAUGGGCCCUGAGCACCUGUGGGGCUAGGGGCACAGGGCUAGUUGAGGUGAAGAGGACAGGGCUCCUCUAAGUUUGUAGGGAUGUUAGAUAUGUGCAAAAAUCAGACAGAGGGGAGACACGCUGCACUGAGAGCCUGGAUGGAAGAGGUGCCCAGAGGAAGGAUAAGGGGCAGCUUCCGACAGAACUGUUAUUUUAUCUGGUCCUUGCAGACUGGAACAAUUUUGUCUGCAAAGGUUGAGCGGGGGCACCAGAGGAGAAGAAAUGGUGGAAGCAAAAGCACUGAAGUAGCAUGCUCUUUCUCCUCCCCAUCGUUGAGAAAUGUCAGCUCCCUUCCCCUCCCCACCUUUCUUUGAGCUUUAAGGGCUACCUGGAAGAAUAUACCUGGUGAGCAGUUUUCCAUUGCUGUGUAGUAUUAACAUAGCUGUUGAAAGCAAUAGCAGUAGAGCAGCAGCAGCAUAGAUGACAUAAGCUUCAUCCCUAAAGUCCAGUAAUCAUAUGUACCUCACAGGGUUGUUUUGAAGAUUAAAUGCAUGAAGCGCUCGGAACAGGACAGUCCCAAAGAAUGGUGUGCAGUGGAUAGUAGGGAGAGAUGGAGGCAAGGAGGCCAUUGUGAGACUGAUAACUCAGAUGUGACUGUGCUGUAUCUUUGAGACUGGAAGGGUGUAAAGAAAUUGGUACAAGGAGAAGAGGGGCACACUGGGAAAGGAAGGUAAAUUCAGGGUAUGUCAGGAAAUAUGCACCUUAAGAAGUCCAUAAUGUAAUUCACUGUUACCACUCACUACAUCAUUUAACCACUUUAUAAAACUUUAAUUUCUAGACUAGGGUUUAGGCCAGCUGAGGAAAGCGUCUUGAUGGAGUUACCCUGUUGCGUAAGCAUCAGGAGAAUUGUGGGUUCAGAUAGCUUGGUUGCAGUCUCAAAGUCCUGCAGCCCCUGUCCUAGAGAGAAGGACCAUGAUGCACUGUCCACCAGCCUGGUGUCACAGAAGCCUUUGUUUCCAGACCAUUUCUCUUCUCAUGGGGAGUCACCUUUCCUAUCUACUCCCCACCUAUCAGAGGAAAAGCCUUGAGUACAUCUUCAUCCUCCCAGAUCUCAUUUGGCAGUAGAUUUUGAUAUAAAUUAAUGAAGAGUAAAGGCAGACAGGUGUCUUUCUCCUCCCAGUGGGAACCUUUGUGACUGACACUUUACAGGCAGAAGGAGCUCCUGUUUUUACUUCUUCUCUCAUCCCAACCCUUGUCAUCCUUGAUAAAGGACUAGAAAUUUAUUUGAGUAAAUGAUUUUUCCUUUAAGAUCUUGCCUUCAUAGAAGCACACGUAAAAAAGAAUUACCGGAGUUCCCGUCGUGUCACAGCAGAAACGAAUCCGACUAGGAACUGUGAGGUUGCAGGUUCAAUCCCUGGCCUUGCUCAGUGGGUUAAGGAUCUGGCGUUGCUGUGACCUGUGUUGUAAGUUGCAGACAUGGCUCGGAUCCUGCGUUGCUGUGGCUGUGGCAUAGGCUGGCAGUUGUAGCUCCAAUUUGACUCCUAGCCUGGGAUCCUCCAUAUGCUGCGGGUACGGCCCUAAAAAUCAAAAAAAAAAAAAAAAAAAUACCUUCAACUGCUUUACAGAAUAAGCUAUAUAGUCUUACCAGAACACAAUUUUAUAAAAUAUAUUUGUUGUACUUUUUAUCAGGAUUAAGGAACACUACAUUCAUAUGCUUUCCUCACUUUAAUCAUUAAGAACAAGUCUUUUGAUAUUGAUAUUUGGUUCGCAAUAUCAUAAUAGGGCUAAAUAAUAACCAGAAUUUUUUUGAAUAUACAGAGAAAAGAAUUUCUCCCUUGAAAGCAAAUGAUAAAAGAAGCUCAAUGGAAUUUUUAGAAUGAUGGAUGUUUUCUAAAAGUGGAUUGUGGAUGCACAGCUGUAGACAUUAAAACUGUACACUUAAAAUGAGUAUAUUUUAUGGUACCUAAAUAUCUCCAUAAAGGUUUUUUUUUUAAUCCCCAAACAAGGGAAAAAACAUUCUAACUCAGAUCUCUUAUCUAAUGUAGGUGGUAGUGAGUAAAUUAUUUGGAAUUUUUCAAACUCUGUAUCUCACUUGAGAAAGUGAAGUUUUUGGCACUUCAGAUUAGUUUGUUACUUCCCUUUGAAUCAGUUUAUUUAUGGAGUUCCCUUUGUGGUACAGCAGAAAUGAAUCUGACUAGGAACCAUGAAGUUGCAGGUUCAAUCCCUGGGAUCCAGUGUUUCUGUGAGCUGUAGCUUAGGUCAAAGAUGCAGCUCAGAUCCCACAUUGCUGUGGCUGUGGUGUAGGCCAGCAGCUAUAGCUCCAGUUAGACCCCUAGCCUGGGAAUUUCCAUAUGCCGUGGGUGCAGCCCUAAAAAAAAAAAAAAAAAAAAAAAAAAAAGCAGUUUAUUUCUUUGGUAUAAAACAAGCCCCAAAGAAUUCCACAUUGUCUUGACAAUUUAAUCAUGUAGCUUCACAUAGGAAAAUGUCUGUUUCAAAGAUAGUUCCUUCUAAAGCAUUCAGCGGUGUAGAGUAGAGGACAAAAUGAAAAGGUAAGUGGAGCGAGGCAGGGCAUAUGCCAGCACUAAGGCGAACUAGUCAGACUCUACAAAACCAGGGGAUUCUUAGGAAACGCUGCUGCUUUCCAUGUAGCUGUCCCUUGUUUGAAAUUUUACAAAGCAGGCCAUUUAAAGUUAUCCCUAAUCUUUGUUAAUCUCCAUUUUACUGUUUAAAACUGGCUUUGCUUGUUUGCCCUGUAGAUAAGAAUUCAAUAAAUCUUGUUCCACUGGAGUCAGUCACAUCUACCCAAUAUAUUCCCCACAGGAGAAGAACAGGUUUUACAGAACCUUUUUUUCCUCCUCUUGUUUUAGGUGAAAAAUUAAAACCAUUAGAGGGACAUAUCAUUGUUACUAAAUUUUUAAAAUAGAAGCAUAAAGUUGCUCAAAGAUGUUAUCCCUCUAAAACAGAAUGCACUUGUUUGGGAGCUAAUUCUGUGUUUUUGAAAGUCACAUGAUCUACUUGGGAUAAAAUGUUUAAGGAACUCUGGGAAGAAGGAAAAAAAAAAAGGUUUGGGUCUGUGGUUUACAAAUGGGAGUGUUUUUAGCCUUCAAAUUACAUGUUGCAGUAAAUAAGAAGAAACCAAGAAAAGGAAUCACUCGCCUCUGGCCCAGCAUAACACUGAAUCAUUUCCUUCGUAGGUCAUCCCUGUGCUAUGGCUCAGAGUGUAACAGGGAGCUUUUCUCAGCCAGCAGUGGAGGGUUUGGGGGAGCAAAGAAGUCAGCAGGAAGAAUAAGGAAACAUUUGCUCCCUCUCUGUGUUCUUCCUAGAAUUAGCAGGUUUACAGCUGCAUUUCUAGGUUAGCAUUUCAUGUGUCUAAGAAAUCUGGGCAUAGAUUGUUUGAGAAACUGGGUCUAGGGGAGGUCUGUCUUCACCUCCGUGUUAAGAUCCUUUCUAGCAGUUUCAUUCUCCGUAGUUUUUGCUGUCUCAUUGACCCCGCCAAGAGUCCUGGAAUUAAACUCCUGUGGCCAGCAGGCCGUUAGUUGGUCAGGAAAUUCCAAAUGGGUAUAAAUAAAUGCUCUGCAGCAGCUCCUGGGCUCUUUGCCUGCGAAUGUGUGCAGGCCCUUUAAUGCUGCGGGAAGCGGGCCGAGACUUGGCUUCCUGCUCGCUGAAAAUCACAGUUAUUUUGUUUCUGGGUGGGAAAAGCAGAUGACGUUCUGAAUGGAGAUCAUGACAGGGAACAGAAAGAUCCUUAUUUUGUGGAGACUCCCUAUGGUUAUCAACUAGACUUAGAUUUCCUCAAAUACGUAGAUGACAUACAGAAAGGAAACACCAUCAGGAAAGUGAACAUCCAGAAGAGACGAAAGCCAUCAGUGCCAUGCCCAGAAAUCAGGGCCACACCUAGUCAGCAAGGUGUAUGGACUUCCACGGAAUCCCUCUCAUCGUCCAACAGUGAUGACAACAAGCAGUGCCCCAGCUUCCUCCUAGCCAGAAGCCAAGUUACAUCAACUCCAGUCCCAAGGCCACUUGCCCCUCUGGAAACCUCACCCACUUUUCUUACCAUCCCAGAAAGUCGACAACUGCCACCACCCUCGCCACAACUCCCAAAGCACAACCUUCAUGUCACCAAGACUCUGAUGGAGACCCGGAGAAGACUUGAACAGGAGAGAGUCACCAUGCAGAUAGCACCUAGUGAGUUCCGAAGGCCCAGGCUGGCCAGUUUCGGAGGCAUGGGCUCCACGAGCUCCCUCUCCUCCUUUAUGGGUUCUGGAAACCACAAUAACAACAUGUACCAGCUUCAGAACGGAUACCAAGGCAACGGGGAUUAUGGUGGCUAUGCCCCAGCUCCUGCCACCACUUCCUCCAUGGGGAGCUCCAUCCGCCACAGCCCUCUGAGCUCAGGGAUCUCCACUCCAGUGACCAACGUGAGCCCCAUGCACCUGCAGCACAUCCGUGAGCAGAUGGCCAUUGCUCUGAAACGCCUGAAGGAGCUAGAAGAGCAGGUGCGAACCAUCCCUGUGCUCCAGGUAAAGAUCUCUGUCUUGCAAGAGGAGAAAAGGCAGUUGGCUUCACAGCUGAAAAACCAAAGAGCUGCAUCCCAGAAUGAUGUCUGUGGUGUGAGAAAGCGUUCCUACAGUGCUGGGAACGCAUCCCAGCUAGAACAGCUCUCCAGGACCAGGAGAAGUGGUGGGGAGUUAUACAUUGACUAUGAGGAGGAAGAGAUGGAGAGUGUGGAGCAGAGCACACAGAGGAUAAAGGAGUUCCGGCAGCUCACAGCAGACAUGCAAGCCCUGGAGCAGAAGAUCCAGGAUAGCAGCUAUGAGGCUUCCUCAGAGGUCAGGGAGAACGGGGAGUGUCGACCUCGAGAAUGCCGGUCUGUGGCUGUGGGCGCCAACGAGAACAUGGACGACAUUGUCGUGUAUCACAGGGGUGCCAGGUCUUGUAAGGAUGCCUCUGUAGGGACAGUCACUGAGACAAGGAAUUCUGGGGUCAGCGUGACAGAGGCCAUGCUUGGAGUGACCACUGAAGCUGACAAGGAAAUUGAGCUACAGCAGCAAACCAUAGAAGCCUUAAAGGAAAAGAUCUACCGCCUGGAAGUGCAGCUGAAAGAAACCACCCAUGACCGGGAGAUGACUAAACUCAAGCAAGAGCUGCAAGCUGCUGGAUCGAGGAAAAAAGUUGACAAAGCCGUGAUGGCCCAGCCACUUGUUUUCAGCAAGAUGGUGGAGGCGGUGGUACUGACGAGAGACCAGAUGACUGGCAGUCACGUGGACGUGGUUGACACAUGUGUGGGGACCUGCGUACAGACAAAUAGCUUGGGCAUCUCCUGCCAGCCCGAUUGUGAGGAUAAAGUGGUGGGGCCUGAGCUGCCCAUGAAUUGGUGGAUUGUUAAGGAAAGGGUGGAAACGCAGGACCGAUGUUCUGGGCGGUCUGUGGAGAUGUGCGACAAGAGCGUGGGUGUGGACAUCAGUGUCUGUGAAACAGGCAGCAACACAGAGGAGUCCGUGAACGACCUGGCACUCCUCAAGACCAACCUGAAUCUCAAAGAAGUGCGCUCCAUCGGCUGUGGAGACUGUUCCGUCGAUGUGACUGUCUCCUCUCCAAAGGAGUGCGCCUCCCGGAGUGUGAACACGGAGGCUGUCAGCCAGGUGGAGGCUGCUGUCAUGGCAGUGCCUCGUACUAUGAGCCAGCACACCAGUACAGCUCUAGAACAGGUGAACCAGUUCACCAACACUGAGACGGCCACCCUUAUAGAUUCCUGCACCAACACUUCCCUCAGCACCUCAGACAAGCAGACCAGCACCUGGACUGUGGAGAUGCGGACGGUGGCCAUCGGAGAAGGCCGCGUCAAGGACGUCAGCUCCGCCAAGACACGGUCCAUCGGAGUUGGAACGGUGCUGUCUGGCAAUGCUGGGUUUGACAGACCGUCAGCUGUAAAGACCAAAGAGUCUGGCGUGGGGCAGAUCAGUAUUAACGACAACUACCUAGUUGGUCUCAAAAUGAGGACCAUAGCUUGUGGUCCUCCCCAGUUGACGGUGCGGCUGACAGGCAGCCGGAGGAGUGUAGGUGUUGGGGAUGAACCUGUAGGAGAGUUGGUGGAGAGCUUCCAGCCCCAAGCUCUGCCGGGAACGGUGACAGGCUUGGAUCAUUACAUCGAACGUGUCCAGAAGUUGCUGGCAGAACAGCAGGCGUUGCUGGCUGAGAACUAUAGUGAAUUGGCAGAGGCUUUUGGGGAACCUCACUCGCAGAUUGGCUCCCUCAACUCCCAGCUCAUCAGCACCCUGUCAUCCAUCAACUCUGUCAUGAAAUCUGCAAGCGCUGAAGAGCUCAGGCCCCCUGACUUCCUGAAAACCAGCCUGGGUAAGGUCACAGGCAGUAAUUUGGAAUAUACCUGUAAGUGUGGAAGCCUUCAGUCAAGAGGACCAUUAAACCCCCAGACAUCCCAGCAUGAGCAAGAGGUGGGGACCACGGAAGGGAAGCCCAUCAGCGGCCAGGAUACCUUCCCCCCUCAGGAAACCACAUUGUCUGCAGUGAACCUGACAGAUGACCAGAUAGCCGCUGGCCUCUAUGUAUGUACAAAUAACGAAAGUACACUGAAGUCCAUCAUGAAGAAGAAAGAUGCCAACAAAGAUUCAAAUGGAGCGAAGAAGAAUCUUCAGUUUGUUGGCAUUAAUGGAGGGUAUGAAACAACUUCAAGUGAUGAUUCCAGCUCAGAGGAAAGCUCUUCUUCCGAGUCAGAUGACGAGUGUGAUGUCCCUGACUGUCCUCCUGAGGAAGAGGAGGAGGAAGAGGAGGACGGAGUCACUCGGGGAAUGGCGGAAGGGCAGCGUGCAGUUAAUGUGGAAGGUUUCAAGUCCACCAGGGUGGAAGAUGAAAUGCAGGUUCCAGAAUGUGAACCUGAGAAGGUGGAAAUCAGAGAGAGAUAUGAAUUAAGUGAAAAGAUGUUGUCUGCAUGCAACUUACUGAAAAAUAAUAUAAAUGACCCCAGAGCUUUGACCAGCAAGGAUAUGAGGUUCUGUCUGAACACUCUCCAGCAUGAGUGGUUCCGCGUGUCCAGUCAGAAGUCAGCCAUCCCGGCCAUGGUGGGGGACUACAUCGCCGCCUUCGAGGCCAUCUCCCCAGAUGUUCUCCGCCACAUCAUCAACAUGGCAGAUGGCAAUGGCAACACCGCCCUCCACUACAGCGUGUCCCACUCCAACUUUGAGAUCGUCAAGCUGCUCUUGGAUGCUGGUGCGUUGGUGGUCCCGGUCUCCACUCUCACGGCGCUCGAGGCUGUGACUCAUCUUCAGGGAGCUGAUGUGUGUAACGUGGAUCACCAGAACAAGGCAGGGUACACCCCCAUUAUGCUGGCAGCCCUCGCCGCCGUGGAAGCAGAGAAGGACAUGCAAGUUGUGGAAGAACUCUUUGGCUGUGGGGACGUGAAUGCCAAAGCCAGCCAGGCAGGACAGACAGCCCUCAUGCUGGCAGUCAGUCAUGGGCGGAUAGAUAUGGUGAAGGGCCUGCUGGCCUGUGGGGCUGACGUCAACAUCCAGGACGACGAGGGUUCCACCGCCCUGAUGUGUGCUAGUGAGCAUGGCCACGUGGAGAUUGUCAAGCUGCUGCUGGCCCAGCCGGGCUGCAAUGGCCACCUGGAGGACAACGAUGGCAGCACCGCGCUCUCAAUAGCCCUGGAAGCAGGACACAAGGACAUUGCCGUUCUGCUGUACGCCCACGUCAACUUCGCGAAAGCCCAGUCUCCGGGCACCCCAAGGCUUGGAAGGAAGACAUCUCCUGGUCCCACCCACCGAGGUUCAUUUGAUUGAUUGUGUGCAAAUAGCCGUCCAUUUAUAUGCCACCACCGUUUAGCUGCUAAUUGUUCCUGUUGGGGUGACAGAUACUGAAUGUAUAUCGUGCCUGAGCUUACCAGCAAACAACACAUAAAGCCAAGGGCUGAAGGCUAGAGCUGUCACAGUGGAAGCUGAGCCAGCAGGAGAUUGCUGGCUGGGCACACACCACCUCCCUUCUGGCCAUCUUCCCUCUGUGUAGAGCACACUUGCUGUCAAGUCUCUUCUCCUGCUCCGUUAUGUACAGUUGUAGGAAGUUGUAACCUGACCUGAGUGGGCAACUUCUAUUCCUUCUCUCCUCUCCACCCCGCACCCCCACCGCUGCUGAGAAGUGUCAGGUUCUCAUUGACAUGGUGUUUUUAAAUGUUCUCACAAAUAUUUAUAUUUACUAAAUGUGGAACCAUUGGAAAACUCUUUGAAAAUUCCAUUCCAGGAUGGUUUUGUUGCUUUCUCUUUUGUCUUUAUUAUUUUCAAGUAAGGAAGUGGAGAUGACUUUGAUCAUCAGUGAAUUGGGCCUGGGCUGGUAGGUUUCUGGUUUAAAAAUAAAAGAUGGAACUCUCAGACAGUAUAAAACUUACAAAAGGAAGUCUUUUCAGUUGGUUUUAUCUAGGUGGGUGUAUUAUAUGACUUUUUAUAUAAAGGGUAUCUAUAUAAAAUUGACACAGUAUUUUCAACUUUUAUAUUCCAUAAUAAUUAAAUACAUGAAGAAUGACCUGUAACAUUACCAUAUUUUUAUUAAUAAUUGCACAACUGUGUAUCUAAUGAUAAAGGUUGAAUUGUGUUAGAGGAAUUGGCUACAUAUUUGCCUCUAGAGAAACAUAGUAUAGUUCUCCACAUAUUUAUGGACUCCUUUAUCCCACGUCACAUUUGCUUUGGUCUUAUAUGUAUUUAAAUGUUUGAAGUGCCUUAGACUCUUGCCAUAUUUUCAAAAUAAAAUUUCAUUAAGCACU